AUGUACAAACGGAGUCUGAAGCAUGCAUCAGUCGUGCCUCAGCCUACGACUACUACUACUUCCGUUCCUGUCGGUGCCGACGACGAUGAGCCCCCUAGUCCGCAUUCAUCCGCUCGGACGUCUCAAGUAGAGCAUAGUAAUGUGGAUGGAGGUCCGGUGGGCAAUGAUGCCGGCCAAGUGGGAAGCGUUUUGUCAUUUGGACGUGAGAGGAAGAAAGAAACGACCGAUCCAGAAAAGCAAGAGGAAGUUCGACCUGCAACUGAGCAAGCCCUUGUGAGCGGUGAGAGGGCAGUGCUAAGGAAAACAGGAAGACUGCGUACAUUGUUUACUCCACGCCAUCCUGUCGGUCCGUCACCAACGUACCGCGCAUCAGCCAAAGCCACGCUCAAGUACACUCCGUUGAACAUAUUUCUUCUAUGCGUACCCACCUCCUGGAUAUUACAUUACACACACCAAUCGCCCGUCGUUAUCUUCGUCUUUGCCGGACUUGGAAUACUACCUCUUGCAGCACUGCUCGGUCUCGGCACCGAACAAAUUGCACUACGCACGAGCCAGAGUAUUGGUGGAUUGCUCAACGCGACGCUAGGAAAUGUCAUCGAGCUCAUCGUUGCAGCUAUCGCGCUUUCCCACUGCGACCUCAAUCUGGUGCAGAGUUCACUUCUUGGAGGUCUCCUUAGUAAUCUAUUACUUGUCCUUGGCAUGGCAUUCGCUGCUGGAGGUUUCCGGUUCCACCAGCAGGAAUUCCAGCCCAUCGUCGCACAGCUUAACUUGACACUUAUGACACUAUCGGUUAUUACGCUACUUGUGCCCGCGGCGUUUCAUGAGUUCCUAAGCGAAAGGCUGCAGAUGGGUGAAGAAGGGCAGAUAUUACUGCAACUGAGUCGAGGUACUUCGGUGAUAUUACUAUUGAUAUACAUCGCGUAUCUUUUCUUCCAGUUCUAUUCGCACUCCCAUUUGUUUGUGGACACUGUGCAGCAACCUACCUCGCGUCGUUCCUCCGCAUCUUCGUCCAGCGUGGGCACUGGCUCUAUUGUCGAUCCAGUGCUCCCUCCACCCGUGACUUCCAGUCUGGAUCACAUUGAGAAACCGCGCCUCAAUGUCCCAUUUGCGUUAGGUUUGCUCGUGGCUAUUACAGCUCUCGCAUACCUCACAGCCGAGUUCCUCGUCGACGCACUGGAUGAGGUCGCAGCUUCCGCUCCCUUCUCGAAGGAAUUCCUUACGUUAAUCAUCAUCCCCAUCAUCUCGAAUGCAGCGGAGCAUACAACUGCUGUUGUCGUUGCUAGCAAAGGGAAGUUUGACCUCGCGUUGGGCGUUGCUGUUGGGAGCUGUAUUCAGAUCGCCUUGUUCGUUAUACCGGUUUUGGUCCUCGUAGCGUGGUGCGUUGGUAAACCGCUGUCUUUAGUGUUCGACCCAUUGGAAACGUUGUGUCUUUUCUUCUCUGUGCUGCUGGUCAAGUUCUCUGUUGAGGAUGGGAAAGCGCAUUGGAUGAGUGGUGUCGUUCUAGUCGCGGUUUACAUCGUCAUUGCACUUUCAUUCUGGAACUUCCCUGAUAACUUGGGUAACGAUAUCGGUCUCGUCUGUGCUUAGACUGAUUAUUUUCGUCGAUUGGACUUUUCUCGAUGAUUGUUUUUCCUGUCUAUGAAUAAUAUAGCGUCUGUAACGCCACGCAUGCGUUAUUUUUACUGUACAGUGUACAUGUAUAACUCACGAGAAAGAAUGUAUAUUGACAUGG